GUCUUUUUAUUUAAAAUCGGUUCAAUGAAUUUAAUAUAAAUAUAAAAACCCCCAAUUCAUAUCUUUGGACUCAGGUAACCUCUCUCUUUUCAAAGCGCUUCUUUUCUCUUACCUCCUUUGCUUCCAUUUCAGAUCUGCUCCCUCACCCCAGGAACUCAUUACAAAUGGGACGUGGUGUCAGCAGUGGAGGUGGACAGAGUUCCUUGGGCUAUCUGUUUGGAAGCGGAGAGGCUCCUAAGCCUGCUGCUACUAAAGCUCCAGCCAACGUCUGCGCUGAACCGGUUAUCAAAGAAGCAGCAAGGCCUGCUCCUGCUGCUGAUAAUCCCCAGCCUACUGAUCUCAAGAAGGGGGUUCCUGCUGGAGUUAAUAGUAACAUAAACAACUACUACCGUGCUGACGGUCAGAACACUGGCAAUUUCAUCACGGAUCGACCCUCAACCAAGGUUCAUGCUGCCCCAGGUGGUGGAUCUUCUUUAGGUUAUCUCUUUGGUGGUGGUAGUAACCAGUAACCAGUAACUAAAAUGCCAGUCAUUUCAAAUAUAGAUAUCUAAUUGUUGAGUUUGUUCUUCAAAGGAUGUUGCUAUUAUUCUCUUAUGAUGCAAAAAAAGAAAAGAAAUGUGGAUUAUGUAAUGUAAACUGUAGAUUGCUGGUUUUCCCAAUUGAGAAUUGAACCUAUUAUGCUUUAAAAAGAAGGAAUCACUGUUCCUAGUUGCCAAGGA